GGAUUUCCAAGCAGGGCUGGAUUGUGUGCUGUUGUUGGUCCAGCGUGCUGUGGCAGGUCCAGGGAAAGUUUGAUCUGAUGUGAGUCAGGGAUGCUGUGUCUCCUUGCUGUAGUCAGUCCUGGAAUCCUGGUUCCUUUGUUUCCUUCUCUCCCUCAUCCUAGACAUAGACACUGCUCCUGCUCUGCUUGACUAGGAGCCCAGCUAUCCUGCACUGCAGUACAAACCCAGGUCUCCUCCCCUCUCCUAUCUCCCCCACUACCUUAGCAUCACCAUCCAGGGGAAGGCACGCUCUGCCCAACUUUCUGCUCGUGCCAACCCCACCGGGGUUCUCCUUCUCAUUCAACAUCAUUCCAGCUGUGUCUGCACAGAGAAGAUGCGCUACACCCCGGAUGGGCAGGAGCUGGCGGGGUGACGAGAUUUUAGACACAGCUGACUGGGAACAACCAACAUCUUUUGCAACAUUCCGUGAUGACUUACCUUCUUGAAGAUGGUGCAACAGCUCACCAAGGCUCAUGACGGGGGAUCCCGUGAGUGGUGUGACUGGAGCUUCACAGACCAUGAAGUCAGCGGGAUGUUAGAGUCAGUCUCAGAGUGGUAGACCCAGAGAGCUGGGAAUGGCAGGAAAGAUGCCGUGUGUUCAGUAUUAACAGGAUGAAAGGUUACCAUGGGGAAGGCAGCCAGUUACAGCCUCCAUGUUACUGCAUCCCCGAAGGCAGAGAGAGAGUAUUGGAUUUCCCUCAUCACAUCCCAGAUUUCCACAAGUCCUAUCCGCGCAGCGCCUCUGAGUCUUGUUCCCUUGAUCUGCACUAUUGUCCUCCUCGGAGUGUUGCUGUGACACAAGAUUGUCCAGGUGGUCCUGUGAGUAUGCCAGAGCCACGGGCCUCCAGUGGUGGUACUUACCCCAGAAUGCACCACAACCCCCAACAGUUCGACUGCGAUGAAUGUAUGGCCGCCAUUGCUCACACCUCCAGCAAGAUCAACCGCUUGCCCCCUACACUGUUGGACCAGUUUGAGAAACAGCUACCCCUACAUCAUGAUGGCUUCCACACCUUACAGUACCAACGUACCAGCACGACAGAGCAACGUAGUGAGAGUCCAAGUCGCAUUCGCCACCUUGUGCACUCAGUACAAAAGCUGUUUGCUAAAUCCCACUCAUUGGAGACACCCUCUAAGAGGGAAUACAAUGGUAUGCGAUAUGAAGGACGUGGAGGAGGAGAAGGCUACCAGCACUCCCAGCCUCGUCACAGUAAGAGAAGCAAAAGUAAAGACCGCAAGUCAGAUCCCAAGCACCGAUCAAAGAUGGCAGGGUGGUGGAGCUCUGAUGAUAACCUUGACAGCGACAGCAGUUUUCUGGUGUCGGCACGUCAUGCCAUGGAGCAUGGAGCUCCCUUUGGAGUGGACACUCCUGAAAGUGCCUUCAGAGACUUAACCUUGAAGAGUCUAAAGAGUGGAGGCGGGGAGGGAAAAUGCUUGGCCUGUGCUGGGAUGUCAAUGUCCCUAGAUGGGCAAACGCUUAAAAGGAGCACAUGGCACACAAUGACCGUCAGUCAGGCACGGGAAGCAUAUCCAGGCUCAGGCCACCAUCAAGACAAAAUGCUGAUGCUUCAGGAGGCCAAGGGGAAAGAGCGAGGAUAUCAUUACCUGCAGGUACCACCAGAUGAAUGGGGGGGAUACCCAGCACCUGGAAAAGAAGGAGAAAUACCCUGCCGAAGAAUGAGAAGUGGCAGCUACAUCAAAGCCAUGGGGGAUGAUGACAGUGGAGACUCUGAUACCAGCACCAAAAUGUCACCACCCAAAGGUGCUAACCGGCGUGAAAGAUAUCGCAGGUCUUCAAGCGUUGACCAUCCCAGAACCAAGUUUCCAUGUAAGCGAUAUUCUGACUCAUGUUUCUGUAACUGUCCCAGCUGCUGCACUACACCUAAAAUUCAUCAAAGGGGACACGGCUAUGGUCUCUCCAUCACGGGUCAACGGUUCCGGCACUCAUUGGACACCUGCGCUCGUGGCAUCAUCGCGUAUCCAGACCUAGGAAGUGGCCUAUAUGAUCCCCGAGAUGUUUUUGAUAAGCACUGUUAUUCUCCUGAUUUUAUUAAGGGUGAGAUAAACCACCAAUCAGGAGCUACAUGUGGAUCCGUGUUCAGUGAAGUGGAAUCUCAUGCCGUAGAAGCCUUGGAUCUCCCUGGCUGUUUUCGAAUGCGCAGUCACAGCUACCUCCGAGCCAUCCAAGCUGGUUGCUCACAGGAUGAUGAUUGCAUAUCUGUCUUCUCCAUGUCUGGCCCAUCAGGACAAACUCUUGCCAGCAGCAUCCUUAAGCCCAACACUUCCUUCAGUUACCGCAAAGCCCCACCACCCAUCCCACCAAGGCUCCUUUCCAAGCCUCUCAUCUCGGUUACAGCCCAAAGUAGCACAGAAUCAACACAUGAAACCUUUCUGCACAAUGAGCCAACACGAUUACCUUGGUCCAAAGAUGGCAAGGUCCAUUGCAAUUCUAGUGAAAGUCUAGAGGGAACUAAGGCCAGAAAUUUGUCUUUGGACUUGGCUACUGUCCAACAGCGAACUUCACCCAAACCUUCCACUGUGAUUAGCAAAGCCCUACCACUGGUGAAGAGGGAGGAGCUUAAGAGUGCCGCGAGGCAGAGAAAAUGGCGUCCAUCCAUUGGUGUACAGGUUGAGACCAUCUCAGAUUCAGACACAGAAGGAAAGAGCAGGAGAGAAUUUCAUUCUAUAGGGGUACAAGUGGAAGAUGACAGAAGGAAAGCCAGGUUUAAGCGUUCUAACAGUGUGACAGCAGGAGUGCAAGCUGACUUAGAGCUUGAAGGCUUCCCAGGACUAACUGUUCCCACUGAAGACAAGGGCCUGCAAUUUGGCUGUUCAUUUCAGCGUCAUUCCUCUGAGCCCUCAGACACCAGCCAGCAGUAUUCAGUGUAUAAGACAGUGCACACACAGGGCCAGUGGGCAUACAGAGAGGACUAUCAAAUGCAGUAUGAUACAGCAGAAGAAGCUCGUCAAGAAUCCUGGAUUGAUAGAGCUACUCGCAGCCUGCCAGACUCUGGAAGAGCAUCUCCUUGUCAUCGUGAUGGGGAGUGGUUCAUUAAGAUGUUGCAGGCAGAAGUGGAAAGGAUGGAAGGAUGGUGUCAACAAAUGGAGAGAGACGCAGAAGAAUAUGACAUACCAGAAGAAAUUUUGGAGAAGAUUCGCAGUGCAGUUGGAAGCUCUCAGCUCUUGAUGUCUCAGAAAGUGCAACAGUUUUUCCGGCUCUGCCAGCAGAACAUGGAUCCCACGUCAUUCCCUCUUCCUACUUCUCAAGACCUAGCAGGUUUCUGGGAUCUCCUCCAACUUUCAUUUGAAGAUGUGGGGAUGAAGUUUGCAGAGUUGCAGCAGCUAAAGGAAAAUGGAUGGAAGCUAUUGGAAACCAAGGAGGAGAAGAAGCUUCCUCCUCCAAUACCAAAGAAGCCACUCCGUCAGAAAGUGCAUCCAGUCAAAGACCGGUCUUUGGACUCCGUUGAUCGCCAGAGGCAAGAGGCUAGGAAGAGGCUGUUGGCAGCCAAACGUGCUGCCUCAUACCGGCACAACUCUGCCACAGAAAGUGCUGACAGCAUAGAGAUUUAUAUUCCUGAAGCUCAGACAAGACUGUGAAGAGGACAAUGUACACUAUCCUUUUGUACGCGCUGUAUAUAAAAAUAUACAUAUAUACAUAGAGAAUAUUUAGAGAUUAUUCUAAGAAAACAAAAACACUGAAAAAAUGACCACAGCUGUGUAAUUCUGGGGAGGUACCUUUUAACCCAAACCAAACUAACCCAUCAUCAAAAGACCCUCCCCUUUAAAGGGCAGAGCUAGAUAACCAAUCAGUGCUGUUUCCACUGCUGAGGCUGGAGAAAUUUGUCUAAAGCUCCAGCCCUCUCCCCUUCCCAAUCUCCCCUCCCCCUCCUCCUAAAUCUCAUAUGUAGCUUGAAAUAUGGACAUGCUGCAUUGUGUAGCAGUACUGAGUAUGACCACAUUUAACCACUGUGUCAAAGUCUUAUUACAUUUAGAGCGAAUCAAAUAUUAGGCAUUAAAUGCUUAUAGGCCCAUAAAGCCAAACUAGAGGAGAUAUUUUGAAGAAUGUUUGACCUAAACAUCUUAUUUUUAGAUACAUGGGAAUACUCUGUAUUGGGCUGCAAUGCAGUUUGUUCUGUUUGUGCUAGGUAGUGUUUAAUAGCUGUGUGAACCUGCUAUGUACUGGUUCUUGCAUGUUUGAAAACACAGGUAUCUCACUAUGGUGGGAAAAGUAUAUACACAAAUAGGACAAGAAGGCAUUUUUCUUAUUAAGGUUUCUGGUUGUAUAAACUAUAGUAAAUAUAAGGGUACACUGCAAAAUAACUUGCCAUCAUGUCCAUUUUAAGAAAAAAACUGGUGGUCACUGCAGCUUUGCAAAGUUUCCAGUCAAAAUGAAUGAGAAUUUUUUGUUCAACUUUGUUUUUUGUUGUUGUUUUUUUUUUUUUGGAAACUCAUACAAGUAAUACAGUAAUAAACAAGUUAAUAUCACUGUCUCUCACAUCCGGAUCUAGUGAGCUGUAUUAUCUCACUUAGGGUGUAAAAUAUUAUAAAAUUCUAAUUUCUAGAGAUUUUUUAAUUCAAUGCACUGUCCUUACAUUUUCCUGUAACUCUGACCUUAGGUGUGGAUACUAUACUCUUAGAGAUAUGCAUUUCGGCAUACUCAUUUCAAAAAGCAUACUAGAGUAAAGCCACCUGAUUACAAUUGUCUACACAGUGCCAAUUGUAAUAUCCAUCAGUAGUUUUUAAUAUGCUUUAACCAAACAUUACAGACAGACCACUUAAACAAUUCCAAUUCAAAUAUUAUAGCAUAAAUUACUGUGGAUGCAAGCAUAUUCUCACUGGGCCAGAUCCACAUACAUGUAGAAUGGCGCAGCGUA